AGAUGGGAGCUUGGAAGGGCUUGGCAGGUAGAGGCUGCUCCAUGUGGAACCUGAGGGAGUCUGUCCUCAGCCCACCUCCUGGGACAUUUCCUAGCCAAGCCAGGGGACUUUCAGGAUUGGAGACCCGUAAAUCUUCAAGGUGAGAGUGCUGAGCUGGCCAUCCUGGGUGACAGGACACUGGAGUCUUCAGCUGUCCAGAAGAUCCGUCUGGCAGGUAAUGGGGACAUGAAGGAAGAACCAGCUGCAUAAUUGGGUUGUUGCCACAAGUCACAGGCCCUGGGAGGUACAGGGGGCUCCCUGUCCCCCAGCCUGGACUUCCAGCUCUUCCAAGGUGACCAGGUGGCCCAGACUCUCCUGUGGGGAAUAAGAAUAAGCCUCAUGCAACAGGCUUGGCUGGAUGACCAUGGCCUUGGACCUUAGUCUUCUCAGCUUGCAGACCACUUCCAGACACACUGGAUGCUCAUGGCCCAUCCUGUGCCAGCUGGCUGUGUCCCUUGCCACUGGCACUAGGCAGGUCUGCCCUGCUAGCCUGCCUACAGGACCUGGACCUGAACUUGUGCACCCCACAGCCAGCACCCCUGAGCACAGCCCUGCAGGGCCUCCAAGAGGACACCUUGAGCAUGAAGCACCAGCCACCAGGGUUGCAUACUAGAUCCACCGAGGACAACAAACUCACAGUCAAGCGCCCAUGGAAUAAGGACGAGAUGGGAAAACAGCCAGAAAAAGCUGGCGAGGGGGCCCCCUGCCAAGCCUUCUUGCCUCAUAACAGCUCUUCCCCACCACCGCUGCAGAAUAGAAAGAGCCCCAGACCCUUGGCUUUCUGCCCCUGCCCCCCUGCCACCUCCAUCUCCAAGGAGCUCCCAUUCCGCCUCCAUACCUUCUACCCUGGAUACCCACUUCUCCUGCCUCCACCCUACCCAUUCACCUAUGGAGCUCUACCUUCUGACCCAUGUCCCCACCUCCUUAUGCUGCCCCAAGAUACCUCUUACCCCACCAUGGCUAUGCCUGGCCUGAUGAUGAUGGUCAAUGAAGCUGGGCACCACAGCGCUGGGUGGGAGACCCUGCUUUCCUACCCAAGGGCCUUCCAAGCCUCUGGCCAAGCCCCACCUUCCCAGGCCCGAAAUCAAGGCACUGGAGCUGCCCCAACUGACUCCCCAGGCCUGAAGCGUGGUGGCAUGGCAUCUCCAGCAAGGCAGUUCCCUGUGAGUUCCCGGACAGGCGCUGCAGCCCUGCCUUACCCGCUGAAAAAGGAGAAUGGCAAAAUCCUGUACGAGUGCAACGUAUGUGGCAAGAGCUUUGGGCAGCUCUCCAAUCUCAAGGUCCACCUGCGUGUGCACAGCGGGGAGCGCCCAUUCCAGUGUGCCUUGUGCCAGAAGAGCUUCACCCAGCUCGCCCACCUGCAGAAGCACCACCUGGUGCACACUGGGGAGCGGCCCCACAAGUGCCCGGUGUGCCGCAAGCGCUUUAGCAGCUCCAGCAACCUCAAGACUCACCUGCGCCUGCACUCGGGGGACCGGCCCUUCCAGUGCAGGGUCUGCCGGAGUCAAUUCACUCAGCACAUCCACCUGAAGCUGCACAAUCGGCUGCAUGCCCCACAGCCCUGUGGCCUGGUGCACACUCAGUUGCCCCUGGACCCUCCGGCCUGCCUUGCCCAGUGGCACCAGGGGGCACUAGAUCUUAUGGCGGUGGCAUCAGAGAAACACAUGGGCUGUGACAGAGGAGGUCAAGGUGUCCUUGACAUCCCAGGGGAAAGCAAGAGCAGUGAGCCCCCUGAGCAGUGCCAGGACUCCCCUGGGAGGGGGCAGGGGCAGAACAAUUAAAAGCGUUUCUUCU